AUGUCCAACUCACAAGCAGUCUCCUGCUUCGGCAAGAAGAAGACCGCCACGGCGGUCGCCCACGCCAAGGCUGGCAAGGGACUUAUCCGUGUCAACGGUCAGCCCAUCCACUUGAUCAAGCCAGAGGUCCUUAGGUGGAAGGUUUACGAGCCAGUCCUGGUUGUUGGCGAGGACAAGUUCGCUCCCGUCGACAUCCGCGUUCGCGUUUCCGGCGGUGGUCACACCUCGCAGGUCUACGCCAUUCGCCAGGCGAUCGCCAAGGCGCUCGUUGCAUACUACGCCAAGUUCUUCGAUGCUUCUUCCGCCCUCGACCUGCGACAGCUGUUCGUCAGCUACGACAGGACGCUCUUGAUCGCUGACCCGCGCCGCAUGGAGCCCAAGAAGUUCGGUGGACGGGGUGCGCGUGCGCGCAGGCAGAAGUCAUACCGUUAA